CAUAUUUGUUUCUUAGCAUGUGUUAUUGAUACCGCCCUUUGAUUUGUUAAAAGUAAGUGGUUCCUACACUUACCUUGCUUGCGCUUAAAAACCUUACCUUGCUUGCUUACCUUCCUUGCGCUUUAAAAAUUAGUUCUUACUUUCUGCGCUAGAUAUAUUGUGGUAUAAGAAAUGCAUUACUGCGCAUAUUGCACCGCGCAAGGUUUACCAAAGAGAGCUAUGAAGCGAUUAACAUUAGGCAAGUUUGGCGAUACGAAAAGUAAACAAACUGGCAACAUUCUGACCAUCCGCGACGUCGGAAGCAUUCCCGAAACUUUUCAUCGGGAAAAGGGUAUAUUUUAGUACUUUUAAGACGUGGAGAUGUCAGUUUCUAAGAAAAUUAUCAUCAUUGUUUGAAGGAUUUGAAACAAUUUUUGACGGGGGGGAAAAUGAAAAUAAAUUAUUUUUCAUUAAUACAAUAAUGCAUGUUUAAAAGAAGUUUUUAAAAAAUAUUGCAACUGUUUAUUUCAUACUGAAUAUCAUUAAAGUCUUUUUUUUGUUGUGAAAAUCAAAUAUGUGCUAAUAUGUACUGGAGAACUGGAAUUCAAUGUUGGAGAUAAAAGAUAGAUGCUAUAUUUUAUAUAUUCUAGUAUUAAUUUCUUUAUAGCAAGAUGAGUGAUAAUUCAAGUACACUUGAUAUGAUUUACCCUCUUAAUCUAGAGGAAAAUUGUGAAACAGAACUUGCAAAGAAUGAGAGCCUAAUUUAUCCAUAUCGUAUUCUACACAAAAAUAAACCUAUUGCAUGCAAUAUCUGCAGCAAAUCAUUUUCAACCUUGUCUAAAUUUAACAAGCAUUAUAAAAUUCAUUCAAAUCAAAAUCCUUUUGUGUGUGAUCUUUGUGGAAAGUCUUUUUUAAGGAAGAGCCAUUUUGAUACCCAUUAUCUUACUCACAGCAAUGUAAAAUCAUUUAUAUGCAAUGUAUGUUCCAAAGGAUUUACUCGCAAGGAUUGUUUACGUACACAUUAUCUUACUCAUACAAAUGAAAAGCCUUUUAAGUGUGAAAUAUGUGGCAAAGGAUUUUCCCAAAAGAGUCAUUUAAAUAAACAUCAUCAUAUACAUUCAGAUGAGAAGACACUUGUUUGCAAUGUGUGUGGAAAAUAUUUUUCUCAUAGAAGUUAUUUAAAUUCUCAUUUAAUUACACACACAAAUGAAAAAAUUUAUUCAUGUGAGUUGUGUAACAAAGCAUUCUCUCGUAAAGGUAGUCUUGGUAGACAUUGUCUUACUCAUAUGAAUGAAAAACCUUUUGUUUGUGAUUUGUGUGGCAAAUCAUUUUCUCAGAAAUGCAAUUUAAAUAAACACCGCCGAACCCAUAGAGAUAAGAAUAUUUCCUUGUAACAUAAAUAGUGACAAUUUCUUAUUAAUAUGAAUGAAACCCUGUGAUGUGUAGUUGUGAAGCAGUAGUUUCUUUUCCUGAGAAUUAUAAACAUUUUGCUAGAAAUAUAUAUAUAAACUUUCUUUAAAAAAUAACUAAACUGCAUGUUAUCUUUUCUGCAGUUGUGAGAAUUUCUUGAAGCAAAAAUUAAUCUACCAUAAAAUUUACUGAUAGAAAUAAAAUUCUGUUUUCAAUAAUGCAUUAGCUCAUUUGAAAUGACAUAUUUACUAUAAAAAUUCUUUUUAUGUGGUGUGCAUUGCUAUGUAUUAACUUGCAUGUUUUGUUUUCUGUGCUCUUAAUUUAUUAACAUAAAAUGGAGUGGUUUUGUAAGCAUAUACAUUUCAAGUUGUAAAAAUUCAACUUAAGUAUUUAUAAAAAAAAUUGGUUUUUUUUUUGUUUUUUGUUUUUUUUUUUUUUGUUUUUUUCAUGACAUUUUUUAUGAAAAUGCUUUGAAAUCUUUUGUUCCCAUUAGAAAAUAUGAUAAAAUGUUUUAUGUUGAUAAUUUUACUAUACCAAUAUUUAGAUGUUUUGCUAAUUCUUAUUAUAUGCUCUUUACAGUAUAUGGGCUUCAAUUCGAUUGUUAUAUAUUUAUCAGAUUCGGGGAUUUCAUAUUAUUUGUAGAAUUUAUCUUUACUAUAACUGUCAAUAAAUUAUUUUCAUAGAAGGUAGAAACUUAAACCUUGAAAACAAAAUAAAAAUACUUUACAUUUUAUUGUAAAGAAAUUCUGCAUCAUACCACUUAGGCUAUUGAAGUAUUUAUGUUUUCUGUGCAUAUUUGUUUAGCUCCGUAUAUUUUGUUUUUUACGAUCACUCUUUUAAGGUUAAGCUUUGAAGGCUAUUAUUUUAUUUCGAAAAGAUUUAUUCAAUUAUCUUUAAUAUAAACAAGAUGAAAGAUUCACAGUGUGAAAAGGAUUUUUUUUUUUUUUUUUUCUAAUUCUUAGAUUUUUUGGGGGGGGUGGGGGAAAAUCUCCCCCUCUCCCUCAAGACUAGUUCAUAAAGUUUCAACAACAAUGAAAAAAAGAUUAAUUUGAUUAUCUGAUGGUUCCACACUCUUUAAAAGAGAGCCAAAAAUUGUGACAAAUGGUUCAUUAUUUAUAUAAAUGUUUAUUGUAAGCAAUGUACUUUUAUCUACAUUUUUUUAGGCUUAUCAUCAUGCAUUUAAAUGUAAUUUGUGAAAUUUAUCCUUGUGACAAUCAACAAUAAAUCAAAUUUUGCUAAGAAAUAGUUCUAUUUAUAAACUCGCUAUCAUUUUUUUAUAAUUCGAUCUAUUAUUUUUAAUUCAUGAACUGAUGCACCUUCUCCCUUACCAUUAUUUCCCCAAUGCUUUCAUCUACCAGAUACAAUCCAUUGAUAAAAUUAGCUAACUUGCCAUAUGUAGAUGUGUUUUUCAAAUAGUAGUAUUAUAGUCUUUAUAUCUGCAAUCAUAUUCUUUAAAUGUGUUUUCCAUAUCAUUACAGUUUAACUAUUUAAAGGUAACAACUUUUGUUUCAUAUAUGCUUAAUUAUAUAAAUAAAAAGAGCAGCUUUGGCACUAAUUGGGGUAACAUAACCAUAAUUUUCAUUAAGAGAUAAGUACAGAAAAGUUGUUCUGCAGCUCAUAAUAGAUUAAAUUAAAAGUGCUAUUAUAUAUUUGUGAUAGAAAAUGAAAUGUAUUUCAUUCUGUUAUGGCGAACUUAGUUGACUUAAUCACGGUGUACAUUUUUCUUAUUGUUUAUAUACACAUGAAAUUGCUUAAUUGUUUCAGUUGGUGGCUUUUACUUGUGAAUCAUUUCUCACUGUAAUGCUUUUUUCAAAAAGUUUUAUUCAUUUGAGUUUUUAAUCUCAAAUUAGCGAUCCAUAUUUUUAAAAAGUAUGAGAAAAAAAAAUGUUAAAUAAAAACUUAUUUUUGUAUCUUUUAUUAUAGGCAUAUAGAUAAAUGUUUCUUAUUAUCAUAUUUUAGUAAAUUACUUACUUUAAUUUUAAUAUGAGUAAUUUCUUAUCAUAAAAUUGUUUUAAUAAAAAACUGUUAGUUAUUGAUUUAGAGAUAAACUCAAUUUUUUUCUUAUAAUGGGAAUAUUGCCAAGAAAUUGUAAAUUGCUUUCCAUCUUUCACCCAGAUGAUUAGAAGAAAUGGUUUAUUGUCUCAGUUUGGACGGCCAUGGAAUUGCUAUUCUAGUUUUUCCUUGGUACUGAAUAAUUUACCCAUCUUAUAUAGAUAAAGAAAUAGAACAGGAAAUAAAAUAAUCAACCUGAUUUUUGUAGGAGAUCGUUUAAUGAGGGAAAGAAUGAAACUUGAUUGAUUUCUAACAGAGUUUUGCUAAAUCUGAACAACACAACUGACAAUAUGCGACUACAAGAUCAGAAUUGUUUUAAGUUCCCUCCCAUCUGCAAUAUUGUAAAUUUUUCUUUGACCUAAUGUUGCAAUAUAUAUAUAUAUUUAAUAGAUUUUGAUGUUCCUUUCUUCAUGGUUCUUGAAGUAUAAAGAGAGUAUCUGUGUGAAAAAUGCUGUUAUUUAUUAAAUGUUUAUGUUAUUUAUUAUUAUGGUUUUGUUUAUAUACUAUGUUUUAACUGUAAAAUUAUCUAUAAAUUAUUUAUGAAUUAAUGUGAUAAAUUCUUUUUUUUAAUCAGUGUAAAUAUUGUAUGUUACUAUAAUUAUUGUAUCAGAGACUUAUUACUCUAUUCAAGACAAAAUUACAAGUAUUAACAAAAAGAAUUCUUUGCUGAAUCAUAAGAAAUAUUGUCUUUUGGAAUUCAAAAUUGUAGCAAUCUAUGAAAUUUUCUUAUAUUACUUUUUCUGAGAUUUCUUAAGUGUCAAAAAGAAAAUAAAAAUAAAAAUGUGUACUCAAGGGUCACCUGUCUGAGGGUGACCCUUGUGAAAGUCUUCAGGCUGGA